AUGGCGACGGUUGCCGUUGCCGGAGCAGGGCUGGGGCUGUCCAUCGCCGGGUGGAUCGUGUCGCCCAUCACCACCAUGCUCCUCAACGACGGCUUCGCCCUCCUCGGCUUCGACGAAUCCGGGAAGCUCCGGGAACUGGAGACCCGAAUUCUGCCGCAGCUUGCGCUGGUGCUGGAGCAGCUGGAGACGAUCCCUCCGGACGAGAGGAAUGGGCGAAGCGCCUCCGCUCCACCUUCUACGACGCCGAAGACGUCUUCGAUGCUGCCGAUUAUCACCGCCUUCACAACAAGAGAAAUGAUGAAGUGGGAAUCUAAUAUACUGGUCAUGCACCACUCUCGUAUUGAGUUGAAGCUAGAUGGCAUCCAACGUAUCGUAUCAGGGAAAACUAGUAAGCUGAAGAAGAUUUUGAUGAAGCUAGAAAAAAUCACUGAAGAAGGGUCUCAGUUUUUGCAACUGUUGGGAAGAACAGUAAACAAUGGAAACUACAUAACAAAUACUGCUACGGAAGAGACUGGGAUUGUGACUACUUCAUUGCCUGUUACAGAGGUCAUAAUCGGAAGAGAUGAGGAACGUGACAAGAUAAUAAAUAUGCUGCGUAAAGCACCAGCUGAUGACGAACCGAGCUCCAGUAACACUAGGUGUUAUUCAACAAUUGGCAUGUAUGGCGUUGGUGGGUCUGGGAAGACAACCUUGGCACAAUAUGUAUGUGAUUAUGAGAAAACGGACGGCUAUUUUUCCCCCAUCAUGUGGAUUCACCUUCCUCAAAAUUUCAACAUGCAGAGAGUUUACAAGGCGAUGCUCGAGGAAGCCACCCAUGGCAAGCCAUCUGAUGAGUACAGCAGUCUUAGCCUUGAGGCUCUACAAAUGAAGCUAAAAGAAGAAUUGAAAGGCAAAAGGUUCUUGCUGUUGUUAGAUGAUAUCAGGGCUGAGAAGAAUGUUGUGAGCAUGCAGUACAGACUAGAUCAGCUAGUUUCUCCAUUGAGGGAUGGGAAGGUAGGGAGUAAAGUUCUGGUCACAACUCGAUUCAAAGAUGUAGCAAUGUCUCUUGGUGCCCAGGACCUUAUUCCAGUACCUGAAUUUAAGGAGAAUGAUUUCUUCAAAAUUUUCAUGCAUUAUGCAAUUGAUGAUAGUGUGUGUCUUAAUGACCAAGAACAAGAAAAGUUGCUUAUCAUUGGAGGAAAGAUUGUGAAAAAGCUAAAGGGAUCACCAUUAGCAGCAAGAAUAGUGGCAGCACGAUUACGGAAACAAGAUGCUGAUGUCAGGGCAAGAGUUGCAGAUCAGCACCUGUUGACUGAUACCGUGGGAGCCCUAUGGUGGAGCUACCAGCAAUUGCAUGUGCAGGUUAAGCGAUGCUUUGCAUAUUACAGCUUGUUUCCCCAAGGAUACAUGUUUACACGUGAUGAGCUAGUUGACCUAUGGAUAGCAGAAGCCUUUAUAAAUGCAACCGAUUCGGCUGGGCAAAUAGAAGGUGUAUGCCAGAACUACUUCGAUGAACUGGUGUCGUGCUCAUUUCUGCAACCAAAGGACUCUUUUGGCAGUAAGAAUAAGUGGUUCACUAUCCAUGAUUUGCUGCAUGAAUUGGCAGCCAUGGUUGCUGGAACUGAUUGCUUUCGAGUUGAAAGUGGUGACAUGAAAGAAUUCCCCCCUGAUGUCCGACAUCUUUUUGUCUGCUCAAAUGAUCAAACAGAGACCAUCCAGGUGACAAGCAUGCAGAGUGAGUCGAAAGCACUACUGUAG